CACAGGACGGCAGGCCGGGUUGUUGUUGCUGGGGGAGACAGAAAGAAAUCUGUCCAGUAAACUCUAGAUGACAGGCAGCAGGGCAGCGCACCAAGACGCCGUUAGUUGAGGACAUAAUGAACUAGUCUUGUAACCAGCUGGUGUAGUUAGUAAAUACCUAACUGGGGACACUGAGGCGAUAAUGUAGUUUAUUGUACUGUUUCGGACUGAGUUUAGAAAUAGUUUUGGGCUGCGUUGGCACGAGCGGUUACGGCUAACUUUACGGUAGCUAGCCACCGUUAGCUAGCUAAUGUUAAAUGGAAAUAAGCGAAAUUAACCUAGCCAGCUGAUGCAUACGAUCUUUGAUGUGGCCCCACAGUUGACGCGCAGUUAAGUAAUUUUUACAAGAACAAUUGCUGGAAAGUUUAACCCGCCUCGAGAAAUGAUGGCGUCGAUGCAGUCGACAACAUAUUCAGAAGAGCAGAUUUGACUCGGGAGCUGUCAACGUUAGCCUGUUAGCUUUGUUGCUACCAUGGCCAAGAUAGAAAACGGUCGUCAGUCCGUGGAUACCAGGAGUAUCAGGACUAUUAGCAGCAGCCACAUUGACGACGAGAGCUCCCUGGGAUCCGACUCGGAGAUCAACGGCUUCACCAGCGACAGACAGACCGAUAGAUAUGGAUUUAUUGGUGGGGCUCAGCAGCACUCGGAGGCGUCAGCUCAGGACGUGCCCCCCGAGGUGCUCAGGCAAAGGGAGGUGAAGUGGCUGGACAUGCUUAGCCACUGGGACAAGUGGAUGAUCAAGAGAUUCAAUAAGGUGAGGCUUCGGUGCCAGAAAGGAAUCCCUCCUGCCCUCCGUGGCCGUGCGUGGCUCUACCUGUCAGGGGGGAAGGUGAAGAAAGAGCAAAACCAAGGAAAGUUUCAGGAGCUGGACAACCAGCCAGGUGACCCCAAAUGGAUCGAUGUGAUCGAGAAAGACCUCCAUCGACAGUUUCCAUUUCAUGAGAUGUUUGUGUCACGGGGAGGGCACGGGCAGCAGGACCUGUUCCGUGUUCUGAAGGCCUACACGCUCUACAGACCAGAGGAGGGAUACUGCCAGGCUCAGGCUCCUAUUGCUGCUGUGUUACUUAUGCACAUGCCUGCUGAGGAUGCAUUCUGGGGUCUGGUCCAAAUCUGUGAGAAGUAUCUUCCUGGCUACUACAGCCCCGGCUUGGAAGCUAUACAGUUAGACGGAGAGAUCCUGUUUGCUCUGCUGCGACGUGUCUGCCCGCUGGCCUACCGGCACCUGGAGAAACAUAAGAUCGAACCCAUCCUCUACAUGACCGAAUGGUUUAUGUGUGCCUUCUCCAGGACUCUGCCCUGGGCGUCCGUGCUGCGUGUCUGGGACAUGUUCCUCUGCGACGGAGUGAAGAUAAUCUUUCGUGUGGGGUUGGUCCUGCUGAAAUGCAUGCUGGGGACCCGUGAGAAGCUGAAGGCCUGUCAGGGCCAGUAUGAGACCAUGGAGCUCCUCAAGGCCAUAGAGCCUCGAUACAUGCAAGAGGGCUUCCUCGUCCGAGACAUUCUCGAGGUGCCAGUGACGGCGCGAGACGUGGAAAGAGAGCAUCACACCCAGCUGAAGCGCUGGAAGAAGAAGCACGGAGAGCUGAAUUUCAAGUCGCCCCCGAGGAUGCACGGUGCUCAGCUCAUCAUGCGGGCUGAGCCACCGAGACACCAGGACCUGCUGCAGAACCCCACUAUCAUACUCGAGGGGCCUCCGUCUGCGCUGCAGCUGAAGAAGGGCAAGGAGGAGAGGAUGAGUAAGAAGAAGAAGAAGGAGAGUAUGAAAAAAUCUCAGCCCGUCGUGGAGAUCCCUAAUCCGUACCCUAAUCCCUACCCUAUCCCGAGUGACCCUCCUCCUCCGCCCUCCGACCCACCCGCCCCACCUCCCGUCAUGAUUCCAGAUGCUGUGCCACAAAACAACACGGACUCACCUCCCCAACAGAAAGCACCUCCAACAGACGUUGGUCCCGCCAAAGAAUCUGCUCUUCAGCGAUCCACACAAAGCCUUAGCAGCACAGAGCAGGAUACAUACCUGUAGCUCUGCAGCACUGUCUCUCUGUUUGUAUGUGUGUGGACAAAGCACCAGCACCCUCCAUUCAAAAACCAGCCAUCAGUGCCAAAGUUUCUGACUGGCCAGCAUUACUAUUAUUCUACUAAGGGACUAUUUUGUAUUCAUCCUAAACCCAAUUUUGCCUAUGAUAUUAUUAGCAUACACUAAAGCGUCAUUGCUAAGUGUAGAACUACUUUGAUGCUUUUGCCGUUUGUCAACUUGAAGCUGCUGUUGCCUCCUCUUGAUGCUUGAUGCUGUUAUUCAGACCGUAAGGCUUAGUAUUCUUUAUGAAAGGGAGACAAGUUACUGAGAUACUGGGAGUAAAGUGCUGAAAGGUCUAAGUGGGACGUAAAGAAUAAUAAGGUGCCAUUGCUUAUGCGAAUUUGUACGCGUUUCAAAUUCAACACUAGAUUUCACUGGUAAUACUGUGCAGCGCAAGAUGCAAAUUGUUAUAAAGUUACGUUUCAAGUCAUUGUAGUUCAAUAUGGAGUUUGGUCACUAGAGGGCAGCCUCGUAGUUCCAGCUGUGCUUCCUGUUACAUUACUGUUAGUAAGCCUGGACACAGGAGAGGUUAUUCUAAGCCUCACUUUUCUUUGCAUCAUGUUUUAUAAUCCUAAUUUUGAAUCAGCUUCUCAAAUUAUUUAGAGGGCAAUUACAUUUGAUCAGUUGAUUUGUGGUAUGUAUGUGUGUGUUUAUGCCCUGCUAGUGCACAGAUGGUCACUUUUUUUCAGAGUCGGUUGAGCUGCUGCGGUUCAGCUCGGUAUUAACUCCUCACUGUGCCAGGCGCUUCCAGCCACUUUGGAGCAGCAGUAAUUCAUGUUACUCGGGCAGCAGAGAGGAGAACACUGGACAUUCCUCACUGUAUGACACAUUCCUGCCUUCUUAAAAGCUCGUCAAUUUAAACGCUGUCUCUUGCCAAAUGCUAAUAAGCAUGAUGCACGUAUUCGUGCAUGUGUUUCCCCGUCGGCCCUUGGACACUGAGCGAUCGCAGAUCACCUAAUGGUGCUGACCUUCCUCUCGGCACUGCUCAAGUCGGAGCCACUGAGAUGUCGUGUCUAUUUUUGUAUGAUAUUUUGCUAGAAUUUCCAAAGCAAACCAAGACUGUUCAGAGACCAUCUACGACCUGUUACCUGUGACCAAGCUUAUCCUGUGCACACGGUCAGGAGGGGAUCAUGGGAUUUCAAGAUCUACUGGGAUAUUUUUCUUGAGAGAACCUGCCUCAUUUUUUUUGGGAAAUACGGAGAUUUACAUUUGCUAUGAAGCUAUUUUCCCCCCCUAAAACGUGACAAUCCUUUUAUAUGUCUUAAUCUUUUUCUAACUUGCGUAACAGUCGCAAAGGGAGUUUUGACAAACACGAGCACACAUAUGAAAUGUGUUUGUGUGUAUAAUUCUGCAUGUGUAGGUCAGUUAUAAACAGCAGUGGGGAUUAAAAGGAUGACGUUUAGCAAGCAGCCACUCACCUGUACUCUGUAGUUUUAAGUCGCUUGUAUCACAUUUCACUCAUGUUACAUUUUAAUUUAAUGCUCUGUGUAGAUAUAUUUCAUGUAAAAAAUAACUGUUUUGUAAUUUGAAAUCUGUUUCUCAACGUUUAUUGCUAUAUUUUAUUGAGCAGUUACAGAAAUGGCAAAAGCUGUCUGGGACCAGUCCACUUUAGGUCAAUAUUUGUAACACUAGGAGAAAAAGGUUAAUCUGAGAAGACUGAUGGGUAUUAUUUUUCGCCAUUUACACUAGCCUUCUGAAAGAGAUAGUUGACAACCACGGGGCAUGAGUUUAAUGUUAAAUUUAGCGUAAAGCCAACUUAAAGCAUUUCUGUUGCAUUGUAUAACAAGAGUCUUUGGACAUGUUAAGCUUUCUACCUGUGCAGUGUCUUGUGUUCACCAGCAGAUGGGGCACCACAGUCAUCGCUUCGAAACGAGGCAGUGUUUCACAAUGUGUGACAAAACAAGAUGUCUUCAUUACUGUACACGUUUAUUAAUGUUGCAGCACAUGUAACACGGAUCAGCAGUUACCUUAACUACAUUUUUCCAUAACAUGUUGAAGCGCGCCACAGCUAAUGGUGACGUGACAUCUCUACUUUUGAAUAAAGAUGUACAAAUACAUGUGA